CCUUCUGUCUCCCUCCCUCUCUCCCUCCCUCUCUCUCCCUACCCUUUGCCCGUUGCUCUGCCUGUCACAGUGAAGUCAGCUGCAAGCCUCCAGAGUGGCUGUUAAACAGUGGCGAAAUUUGUCAGAAGGGUGUCAGGUAUUUCUUACUGGCUUCCAAAAACUGAGAUAAAGAAAUCUUUCCCAGUGUGUCCCUUUCAGAAAGGCUGCAUUUGGACACCGUCUGGAAUUGAAGCAGGAGGAGUUGGAGGGCAACAGCAAAAGAGCAGAGGAAAAGAUGCCCCAAGGCUGCAGGCCAAGCCGGUUGAACACGCCAGGGGUCAGACGUACCCACCUUGCCCAGGCUAUGCUCAAGCAAAGCCAGCUUAUUUUCUAUUGAAAGUUCAAGCCCAUCAAGAUCAUGCUGCUCUUCCUUGUCAUCCUGUUGCCAGAAGUCUUUCAAUUUGGUUUUGUUAGUAGUCUGUCAGCACUGCCUCGCUGGAACUGUCCUGCAGGUUCUCCUUCUGGAAAUGGGAAUUCCACUUGUGUGGGUCCUGCACCCUUCUUAAUUUUCUCUCACAGAAAUAGCAUCUUUAGGAUUGACCUGGAAGGAACUAAUCAUGAGAAAUUGGUGACAGAUGCUGGCGUGUCAGUGAUCAUGGAUUUUCAUUACAAUAAGGGAAGAAUCUAUUGGGUAGAUCUAGAAAGACAACUUUUGCAAAGCGUUUUUCUGAAUGGGACAAGGCAAGAGAGAGUAUGCAAUAUAGAGAAAAAUGUCUCAGGAAUGGCAAUAAAUUGGAUAAAUGAAGAACUUAUUUGGUCAAAUCAACAGGAAGGAAUCAUUACAGUAACAGAUAUGAAAGGAAACAAUUCCCGUGUUCUCUUAAGCACCUUAAAAUAUCCCGCAAAUGUAGCAGUUGAUCCAGUAGAAAGGUUUAUAUUUUGGUCUUCAGACGUGACUGGCAGCCUCCACAGAGCACAUCUCGGUGGUAUGGAAGAGAAGAUUCUGUUAGAGACAUCAGAGAAAAUAACAGCUGUGUCACUGGAUGUUCUUGAUAAACGGCUCUUUUGGGUUCAGUACAACAGCGAAAGAAGCAAUUCUCGUAUUUGUUCCUGUGAUUAUGAUGGAGGUUCUGUCCAUUUCAGCAAAUAUCUUACACAGCCCAAUUUGUUUGCAAUUUCCCUUUUUGGUGACCGAAUCUUCUAUUCAACAUGGAGAAAGAAGACAAUUUGGAUAGCUAACAAAUAUACUGGGAAGGACAUGGUUAAAAUUAACCUCAACCCAUCAAUUGUACCACCUGGUGGAAUUAAAGUAGUGCACCCGCUUGUACAGCCCAAAGCAGAGGGAGAUGCUUGGGCGUCUGAUCAGAAACUCUGCAAACUGAAAGGCAACUGCAGAGGCAGCGUGUGUGGACAAGAACCUAAGUCCCACCUGUGCACGUGUACGGAGGGAUAUGCUUUAAGCCAAGAUGGAAAGUACUGUGAAGAUGUCAAUGAAUGUGCCUUUUGGAAUCAUGGCUGUACUCUGGGGUGUGAAAACAUCCCUGGAUCCUAUUAUUGCACAUGCCCUAGAGGAUUUGUUCUGCUUCCUGAUGGGAAACGGUGUCACCAAUUAAUUUCCUGUCCAAGCAAUGCAUCUGAAUGCAGCCAUGACUGUGUUCUGACUUCAGAUGGUCCCAUAUGUUUCUGUCCUGAAGGCUCAGUGCUUGAGGCAGAUGGAAAAACUUGUAGUGGCUGUUCAUCACCUGAUAAUGGUGGAUGUAGCCAGCUCUGCCUUCCUCUCAGCCCAGUGUCCUGGCAAUGUGAUUGCCUUCCUGGGUAUGACCUACAACUGGACAAAAAAAGCUGUGUAGCUUCAGGACCACAACCGUUUUUGCUGUUUGCCAAUUCUCAAGAUAUUCGACACAUGCAUUUUGAUGGAACAAAUUAUGAAACCCUGCUCAGCCAGCAAAUGGGAACAGUUUUUGCCCUAGAUCAUGACCCUGUGGAAAAUAAGGUAUACUUUGCCCAUACAGCCCUAAAGUGGAUAGAGAGAGCCAAUAUGGAUGGUUCUCAGCGAGAAAGGCUUAUCGAGGAAGCAGUAGAUGUGCCAGAAGGUCUUGCUGUAAAUUGGAUUGACCGUAAACUCUAUUGGACAGACAGAGGGAAAUCUCUCAUUGAAGGCAGUGAUUUAAGUGGAAAACAUCGUGAAAUAAUCAUUAAGGAGGACAUCUCUCAGCCCCGAGGAAUUGCUGUUCACCCAAUGGCCAAGAGAUUAUUCUGGACUGAUAUGGGGAUUAAUCCACGAAUUGAAAGUUCUUCCCUUCAAGGCAUUGGCCGACUGGUUAUCGCUAGCUCUGAGCUGGUCUGGCCCAGUGGAAUAACGAUUGAUUUCUUAACUGAUAAGUUGUAUUGGUGCGAUGCCAAGCAGUCUGUGAUUGAAAUGGCCAAUCUGGAUGGUUCGAAACGCCAAAGACUUGCCCAGAACGAUGUAGGUCGACCAUUUGCUGUGGCUGUGUUUGGGGAUAACGUGUGGUUCUCGGACUGGACUGUGCCAUCGGUAAUAAGGGUGAACAAGAGGACUGGCAAAAAUAGGGUACGUCUCCGAGGCAGCAUGCUGAAGCCCUCAUCACUGGUUGUAGUUCAUCCAUUGGCAAAACCAGGAGCAGAUCCCUGCUUAUAUCAAAAUGGAGGCUGUGAACAUAUUUGCAAAGAGAAGUUUGGAACUGUUCAGUGUUUGUGUCGUGAAGGUUUUGUGAAAGCCCCAGAUGGGAAAAUGUGUCUGGCUCUAAAUGGCCAUCAGAUAUCAGCAGGUAGUGGAACAGAUCUAAGUCAAGUAACGCCAACGGACAUCUUAUCCAGCAGUCAAGUGUUUGAGGAUAACAUUACACAAUCUCAACAUAUGCUAGUGGCCGAAAUCAUGGUGUCAGAUGACGACGACUGUGGUCCUGUGGGAUGUGGAAUACACUCUCAAUGUGUGUCCGAGGGAGAAUUUGCUAUGUGUCAGUGUUUGAGAGGAUUUGCUGGGGAUGGAAAAGUAUGUUCUGAUAUAGAUGAAUGUGAGAUGAGUAUCACAGUUUGCCCACACCCCGCCUCCAAGUGCAUCAAUACUGAAGGCAGCCAUGUCUGCCAGUGCUCUGAAGGCUACCAAGGAAAUGGGACUCACUGUCUCGAUAUUGAUGAGUGCCAAUUGGGCAUGCACACCUGUGGGGAAAAUGCCACGUGUACAAAUACAGAGGGAAACUACACCUGCAUGUGUGCCGGCAGCAUGUCUGAACCUGGACGGAUGUGCCCUGACUCGACCGCCCCCUAUCAUCGCAGGGAGGAUGGCCGCCAUUCUGUGCGAAACAGUUACCCAGAAUGUCCCCCGUCCCAUGCCGGGUACUGCCUCCAUGACGGAGUGUGUAUGUACAUUGAAGCCGUGGACAACUAUGCAUGCAACUGUGUCGUCGGCUACGUUGGAGAGCGAUGUCAGCACCGAGACUUGAAAUGGUGGGAACUGCGCCAUGCUGGCCACGGCCGGCAGUGGAACAUCACCGUGGUGGCUGUCUGCCUGGUGGGGCUCGUCCUGCUGUUGCUCCUGGGGCUGUGGGGCGCUCACUACUACAGGACUCACAAGCUACCAUCAAAAAAUCUAAAGAACCCUUAUGAAGAGUCGAGCAGAGAUGUGAGCGUUAGCAGGCCUGCAGACAGAGAGGCUGCGAUGUCCUCCUGCCCCCAACCUUGGUUUGUGGUUAUAAAGGAACAUCAGAACCUCCAGAAUGGGAAUCAACCUGUGGCCCUCCAGGACGGCCAGGCAGCAGAUGUGGGCCAGUUUUUCUCCCCGGAGCCUGGGUCAGUGCAACCAGCAUCAUGGAGGAAGGAGCCCCAGAUGUGUCUGGACACAGAGCAAAGCUGCUGCAAUUCAUCACCCAGUGAUAAUGGCUCUGGUCCCCAAGGAAAGGAGUGUAGCUUUUCUCUCCCCUCCUAUGGAGUGAGGCCCAUUGUUGUGGGGGUUGAGAAGCCCCAUUCUCUCCUGUCAGCUAACCCAUUAUGGCAACAAAUGGCCAGGGAUUCACCAUACCAAAAGGAAGUGACUCAGUGAAAGCUAGAAUUGAAAAGGAAGUUAAAGAAGAACAAACUGUAUGUGUAGACAUUAAUACUUUGUUUCAAAAAGUAGAGGGAAAAUACAAAUUUUGUCUCCAUAAUUUCUACAACUAAUCACCUGAUCAGCAUCCUGAAAACAAAUAUGUAUUGUGCUUUUGCUUCUUCCUUCAAGAAGUCCCACUGCAGAUUUUCAAGUUAGAGUAACGGAGAGAAACACUAUGUAUCUCAUUAGAAAUCAAAUGGGGGAAUAUACACUGUGGUGUCUUGAAUAAGCAAUAGAUCCCCUCCUCCUGCCCAUUCCUCGGCCCUAGAAGAAAUCUAAGGUUAAAGCAGGCAGUCAUACUGGUUUGAUCAGUUAUAAAAUAAUUUCUUUUAUUUGGACAGAACAUUUAGCUCAAUCUCAUGAAAUGGUUAGAAUAUUAAAAUUACUGUAUGAUACAUUGUAGGUAUUUAACUUAUCAUUGGUGUGGUCCAUGCUGGUAAUUUUACAGAAUGAGUUAUGAUAAAUUAAUGAACCUGAUUUCUUCAGAAUUAGAUGGUUUAUUUUUUCUAUUUUAAAAUCUUUAAAUGAAAAUAUUUUUAAAACAUUACCCAAGAGACUUCAGGGUUUCUUAGUCCUUAUAUCCUUCACUCCACAGAAGUUUUUUUCUAAUGAAAAUGGUAAAAUCCCCUUUUAUGUGUUUGCACAGAAUUUUUACUUAUUUUCAAAUAUGAGAUUGUAAGCAAAUUGCAGAUUUAUUUUCAUUAUGAAUAGCAAUCAAAUCUUCUAAUUGAAAUAAAGUCACCAUAAAACAUGAUCAUUUUUUUGUAUACCUGGUUAAGUCAUAAAUUAUAGUUUAUGGGGAUGUUAGAGUUGAAUCAAAGUGAAUCACCAAGCUUGCUAUUGUUACUUCUUAAAAAAAUAAGAAGAAAGAAAGAAAGAAAAAAGAAAUCUCCUUAACUUUAUAAAUUUCACAAGGUGUUCUAAAUAAAUUUCAUUGUUGCAGCCCAGACAUUGUUACUACAAUUUGCACAACCUAAUGCAGGAACUGGGGAUGGUUCAGGGUUUUGGCUUGUUCAGUUCCCUUUAUUCAUCUUUUUUUCAUUUCUCUUCAACUCCUUGGACUUUGGUUAUACCAGAAGUCAGCAUGAAAAGGAAUUGAGGUACAUCUCUUCAAGUGGAUACUCCUUAGAAGUUUUGGUAA